AGAACGCGAAAAGAAAAGAAAAGAAAAAGGGAAUUGCUCGUGUCCGCUUUUCAAAAAUGUCUGGCAAGCUGCGUCUCUACAAGGAGAAGCUGGAGGGCUACAACCGCUUCUACUCCAUUGUCAAGACCAUCAAGAUGGUGACACUGGCCAAGUUCCGUCAGGCGCAGGUCCGCAUCAAGACGCGCGAUUACACGCUCCGCUACACCGAGAAGGCGUUUAGCAAGCCGGGCCACCCCGCCGGCGACCCCGCGCAGAGCAAGGUGGUGUACAUCCCCGUGAUGACGAACCGUGGUUCCUGUGGUGCGCUGAACAGCAACGUCGUCAAGGUCGUUGACCAGGUUGCGUCUAGCCGCGCCUAUAUCAUGCCCCUCGGCAAGCGAGGCUUUGACUCCCUGUCCAAGCUGUACCCGGCGUCGUUCAAGAUGGGUAUUGUGAACGACAUGCACGAGCCGAUGCACUUCGCCUAUGCCACGUACGUGUGGGAGAACGCGCAGCAGCUGUGCCCGGACGCGGACCACACGCACAUCAUCUUCCACCGCUGCAUCAGCGCCGGUUCGCAGAAGCAGUGCUACUACAACAUCCCGGCGUACGACAAGUGGAAGGAGGACCUAGCCGACGCCUCCAGCACUGAGAACCAGAAAAGCCGUUACCUCUUUGCCAACACGCUGCUGGACGAGGACGAGCAGAUGAUCCGCGACUUCUACGACUUCCAUGCGACCCUGGCAAUCCUGAACGCUGUUUGCGAGAACGAGCUGUCGGAGCAGGCUGCUCGUCUCGUUGCUGUGGAGGGCCAGCUGUCCAAUAUCAGCGCUCUUCAGCAGAAGACAAGCUCUCUGUACAACAAGACGCGUCAGAGCAGCAUUACCUCGUCGCUGAUCGAGAUCAUCUCGGCUAUGACGUCGCUGGAGGGCAACGCCGCAAAGGGUGUGCAGCGCACGAACUUCUGGGAGGGUGCGAGGAUGAAGUAA